CCUCCCGCGCCCACGCCUCUCCCAGUCCCCAGUCCCCCUACCGCGACCCCAACCCGGGGCGCGGCCGCAAGCAGCACCAUGCGCCCAGCAGCCCUGCUGCUCCUGCCCUCGCUGCUGGCGCUCCUGGCUCACGGACUCUCCUCAGAGGCUCCAAUCACGGGGGAAGGUCAAGCCACGGGCAUCAGGGAGAUGGAUGGGGAGCUGACCGCAGCCCCUACACCUGAGCAGUCAGACCGAGGCGUCCACUUCGUCACCACAGCCCCUACCCUCAAGCUACUCAACCACCACCCACUUCUGGAGGAAUUUCUUCAAGAGGGGCUAGAAGGGAGAGAGGAAGCUCCGAGGCCGGCACUGCCCUUCCAGCCAGACUCACCUACACCCUUUACUCCAAGCCCCCUUCCCCGCCUCACCAACCAGGACAACCGCCCUGUCUUUACCAGUCCGACGCCAGCUGUAGCUGCGGCACCCACGCAGCCCCACUCCAGAAAGAAACCCUGGAACCCAGAGUCAGAGCCCCCGGAGCUUUACAUCACAUCUCCCCUCCCUCCAGGGCCGAGUAUGGCAGUGCCCACACUGCACCCAGAGGACAGACCCAGCACUACACCCCCCAGCCAAGCAUGGACUCCAACCCAGGAGGGUCCUGGAGACAUGGGCAGACCUUGGGUUCCAGAGAUCAUGUCUAAGACCACAGGGCUUGGUAUCGAGGGGACCAUUGCCACCUCCACAGCUUCAGGGGAUGACGAAGAGACCACCACCACCACCAUCAUUACCACCGUCACCACAAUUCAGCCACCAGGCCCCUGUAGCUGGAAUUUCUCAGGCCCGGAGGGCUCUCUGGAUUCCCCUGCGGUCCCCAGCGUCCCCUCUGAUGUUGGCCUGGACUGUCUCUACUACAUCUCUGUCUACCCUGGAUAUGGAGUCGAGAUCAAGGUGAAGAACAUCAGCCUUCAGGAAGGAGAGACCAUAACCGUGGAGGGCCUGGGGGGGCCUGACCCACUGCCCUUGGCUAACCAGUCUUUCCUGCUGAGGGGCCAGGUCAUCCGCAGCCCCACCCACCAGGCAGCCGUGAGGUUCCAAAGCCUUCCACUUCCCGCUGGACCUGGUACUUUCCAUUUCCACUACCAAGCCUAUCUCCUGAGCUGCCACUUUCCUCGGCGUCCAGCUUAUGGAGAUGUGACUGUCACCAGCCUCCACCCAGGAGGCAGCGCCCGCUUCCACUGUGCCACUGGCUACCAGCUAAAGGGUGCCAGGUUCCUCACCUGUCUCAAUGCCACCCAGCCCUUUUGGGAUUCCCAAGAGCCUGUCUGCAUUGCUGCUUGUGGAGGAGUGAUUCGGAAUGCCACCACUGGCCGCAUUGUCUCUCCUGGCUUUCCCGGGAACUACAGCAACAACCUCACCUGCCACUGGCUGCUAGAAGCCCCCGAGAGCCAGCGGCUGCACCUGCACUUUGAAAAGGUCUCCCUGGCAGAAGAUGACGACAGGCUCAUCAUCCGUAACGGGAAUAACGUGGAGGCCCCGCCAGUGUAUGACUCCUAUGAGGUGGAGUACCUGCCCAUUGAGGGCCUGCUCAGUUCUGGCAGACACUUCUUCGUGGAGUUCAGUACUGACAGCAGCGGGGCAGCCGCAGGCAUGGCACUGCGCUAUGAGGCCUUCCAGCAAGGACAUUGCUAUGAGCCCUUUGUCAAAUACGGUAACUUCAGCAGCAGCGCACCGUCCUACCCUGUGGGUACGACUGUGGAGUUCAGCUGUGACCCUGGCUACACCCUGGAGCAGGGUUCCAUCAUCAUCGAAUGCGUCGACCUCCGUGACCCCCAGUGGAAUGAGACAGAACCAGCCUGCCGAGCCGUGUGCAGCGGGGAGAUCACAGACUCUGCAGGCGUGGUGCUCUCUCCAAACUGGCCGGAGCCUUAUGGCCGAGGGCAGGACUGCAUCUGGGGUGUGCAUGUGGAGGAGGACAAGCGCAUCAUGCUGGACAUCCGAGUGCUGCGCAUAGGCUCUGGGGAUGUACUGACCUUCUACGAUGGGGAUGACCUGACAGCCCGGGUCCUGGGCCAAUACUCAGGGCCCCGUGGCCACUUCAAGCUCUUUACCUCCAUGGCUGAUGUCACCAUUCAGUUCCAGUCAGACCCUGGGACGUCGGCGCUGGGUUACCAGCAAGGAUUUGUCAUCCACUUCUUUGAGGUGCCCCGCAAUGACACAUGUCCAGAGCUUCCCGAGAUCCCCAACGGCUGGAAGAACCCAUCACAGCCUGAGCUGGUGCAUGGCACGGUGGUCACCUAUCAGUGCUACCCCGGUUACCAGGUGGUGGGAUCCAGUAUUCUCAUGUGCCAGUGGGACCUGAGCUGGAGUGAGGACCUGCCCUCAUGCCAGAGAGUGACAUCCUGCCAUGACCCAGGGGAUGUGGAGCACAGCCGACGCCUCAUAUCCAGCCUCAAGUUUCCUGUGGGAGCAACUGUGCAGUAUAUCUGUGACCAGGGUUUUGUGCUCACGGGUAGCGCCAUCCUUACUUGCCAUGAUCGUCAAGCGGGCAGUCCCAAGUGGAGUGACAGGGCCCCCAAGUGUCUCUUGGAACAGUUCAAACCAUGUCAUGGCCUCAGUGCCCCUGAGAAUGGUGCCCGCAGCCCUGAGAAGAGGCUCCACCCAGCAGGGGCCACCAUUCACUUCUCCUGUGCCCCUGGUUAUGUGCUGAAGGGCCAGGCCAGCAUCAAAUGCGUGCCUGGACACCCCUCACAUUGGAGUGAUCCUCCACCCAUCUGUAGGGCUGCUUCUCUGGAUGGGUUCUACAACGGCCGUAGCCUGGAUGUUGCCAAGGCACCUGCCACCUCCAGUGCCCUGGAUGCUGCCCACAUGGCAGCUGCCAUCUUUCUACCAUUGGUGGCCAUGGUGUUGCUGGUGGGAGGAGUGUACCUCUAUUUCUCCAGACUCCAGGGAAAAAGUCCUCUGCAGCUUCCCGGAACUCAUCCUCGCCCCUAUAACCGUAUCACGGUAGAGUCAGCAUUUGACAAUCCAACUUAUGAGACCGGAGUGAGUAUCCAUGUUGGCCUAGAUACCUCUUCAGGACUCGUUCUUUGACCCCUUGGGUGGGUAUACCUCCCCAAGGUCUGCCAAACCUUUCCCCUUUGCCUUGGGAAGGUGGAUUCGGGCUCGACGAAUCUUCUACAAGUUUCCAACUCCCCGCAGUCUCUUUCCUUUGCAGGAGACGAGAGAAUAUGAAGUUUCCAUCUAGGUGGGAGCAGCCUGGGGAUGCACAUGCAGUCCUGCAUCACAAGCCGGCGGCAGGGCUCCCAGCUCUCUGCUGUCCCUCACCUCCUGUACAUACCGCCUGGGAAGAGACACCACCGACCCCUUCCCCGCCUGCAAUGCCCACAGUGACCUCUUUUCUUGGCACCACUGCCCACUUAGGGCCCUUCUUUGGAUUUGGCGGUGCGUGCCUCAGGUAGAACUGGCGCACAUUACCAGAAGCCAACAUUCUGCUUCUCUUUUGCCCUGGACCUCCAGCCCUGGAAGUUGCAGGCAGAGAAGGGGCACGUCUUACACAUAGCCACCAUCCAGCCCUGGCAUGCAAGGACUCCAGAAGAGCUGACUUGACAGCAGGGUGCCCCUCACAGGGCCAGCACCAGAGGUAGAGGUCGAAAUUGUUCUCAACUAUGACCUCUUGGAAGUCCUGGCAUACCAACACCAGCCCCUCAGGGAGGUUUUUAGUUCCUCUCUAAAGGCUUAGAAUAGGACAGGUAAGCCUUCUGCCCUGUCCUGGGGAGGUGAUGACUUUAAGGCAUUCUAAAAGGUUCAGGGACUCUAUCCCAAGCUCAGGUUGGGCCUCACUGGAUACCCAUGCUCCACACCAAAGCAGGACACCCUAUGGCUCCCUGGCAUCCCUCUACCCUGAGGAGGGAAAGCCCUUCCUUGAAAUUAUCUGGCUGUUACAAAUGUCCCUUUUCCCACCUAUCCCUCGUCUAAGCCACUUAUGAUGUUCCCCCUUCCUGCCACUAUGUUAUGGCAGGUACAUUCUGGAGACGAGCAGAUGUCCAAGGACCCAGGAAUGUGGCACAGAACAGAAGUAAAAAAUCCCCAGGAGGAAUCUCAGUCUGGACCGAAGGUCACUUUGUACAUAUGAUGUAUUAUAUGGGGUCUGGGCUCCAGCCAGAGAACAAUCUUUUAUUUCUGUUGUUUCCUUAUUAAAAUGGUGUUUUGGAAAAAAAAAA